AUAUAAAGAUAUGGCAUGCAUGCAUCUGUUUUUGUAUGUAGGUUGAUUUAAAGCUGAAGGAGAGCUCUGAUAAGCUCGCACAGCAAAUAGCAGAGUUAAAGCUCAAGGAGAGCUUUGAUAAGCUUGCACAACAAAUAGCAGAGCAGGAAAAUGGUCGACUCAAGGAAGAAAUUAUGACACUCUCUGCUCAAGUGAAAUCAAAUGAUGAAACGUAUAAGAUGAGAUUGGAUUUAUUAGAGACUGCUCAUCGGAAGGAAAAUGAGAAUCAGAGGCAGCAGCGACAUCAAACAGUAGUAAGCCCAUGUGCUUACCUAUCUGUAAUUAAUAAGCGUGCGUGUGUAUAUAUAUGUGUGCUUUAAGAAAACCAUUUCCAUCAUUUACUUUUAAACUUAUGUAUGUCUGUAUAUUUCUUUGUCCAUGUUGGGGUUCAAUUAAGUCCCCUGCACCUCUAAGUGAGGUUAAAACUAUAGUGUUAGUUGGACGAACAGGUAAUGGGAAAAGUGCAACAGGGAAUAGUAUCCUUGGAAGAAAUGUAUUCAAGCGAAGGAUUAUUGGUGGGGGUGUUCCUACUACUUCUGAGCAACACUCAACGAAACUAGAAGAUGGCCAAACUCUUAAUGUGAUUGAUACUCCAGGUACGUUAUUACUAAUUUCUAUUUGCAGCUUUAGUACUCUGUUCGAAACUCUGAGAAUGUGUGGGAACAGACGAAUUCUCUUUGAUAACAAAACAAAAGAUGAAGCCAAGAAAUCAGAUCAACUGAAGCAACUUCUUGUCCUAGUGGAUGCGGUUGUAGAGAAAAAUGGUGGAAAAGGAUAUACAAAGAAGUAGCUGGAAAUCUCGAUCCAAUGCACAAAUUGCGGCAAUAUCUGCUAAGAUGAAAUCAGAAUAUGAAAUAAGUUUAAGAUAGGAUUUAGAGAGUAGCUAAGAGGAAGAAUCAGAAGUUGCCAUCUC